AUGGCAGGACCACGAAAGAAGCCAAAAACGUAUCAUUUCAACACAGAAUGGGAGGAGGAGUUCAUUUUUACUAUGGUAAAAGACAAGUGUGUUUGUUUGUUGUGUGGUCAAACACAAGCGUUGGCAAAAAAAGAGAACCUGGAGCGCCAUCACACCAAAACCCACCUGAAAUUCCAGGAUAGCUACCCGCCAAAAAGCAGACUCCGGGCAAAGAAAGUGGAAGACCUCAAAUUGGGGUUGAAAACCCAGCAAUGCCUUUUCUCUAAACCUGCUUCUCUUGAGAAGGCUGCCACAGAAUGUUCAUCAAGCGUGAGUCACCUGAAAUUGUGAAGGAAGCAAUGGCCAUCACAGCAGAGAUCAUGUACAGUGAUUUCAAAAAUAAGGAAGAAAUCAAUUCUGCGCUCUACAGUGUUCCACUUUGCCCUACAACUGUGACAAGAUGGGUGGAAUCUCUGUCCUAGGACGUGGAUAGACAAGUGUUGCGGGACUUAAUGGACUAUGAAUACUUCUCACUCCAGUUUGAUGAAUCCCAGGAUAUAAUGGACACUGCUUAGCUUGUUAUUUUUGUCAGAAUGACCUUCCCGGAUUUUACAAUGAAGGCGGACUUCCUCACUCUCUUGCAUCUAAAGGGGAGAACGGGAGGUGAGAAUAUCUACAAUGAGUUCAAGAAAUAUGUCAGUGAUAACGUUAUCCCAAUCCAUAAGCUGGUGGCAAUUACAACCAAUGGGGCCCCAGCAAUGCGCGGAAUGGAUUUGUUGGGCUAUGCCACACUGACCCAGAUUUCCCCUACUUCGUCAACUAUCACUGUGUGAUUCACCAACAGGCCUUGGCGGGGAAGUUUUGGACUUGUCCCACGUAAUGACAUUGGUUGUGAAACAUGUGAACUCAAUUCGAGCAGAAGCGCUCCAGCACUGCUUAUUAAAGCGCUAUUGGCAGAGCUCGAUGCCGUGUAUGGUGACCUACUCCUCCAUGCUGAUGUGCGGUGGCUGAGUCGGGGAAAAGUGCUGCAAAGAGUUGUCCACUUGCUGCCGGAGAUCAAAACCUUCCUGAGAACAUGGAACGAGGAACCCGAAGAACUGUCAGAUGAUGCUUGGCUGCUGGACCUGGGCUUUCUGACAGACAUAACCGCAAAACUGUCAACACAGAGCUGCAGGGAAAGGAUCAGAACCUGUCACACAUGCUCAGCGCAGUGAAUGGAUUCAAGGUAGGAUACUGUUCUUUUUACUAUUAAGAAGUAGGCCUACUUUGAUAUUGUUAAUUGUUGUACUGGUAACCGUUAUCUAUAUUGUAAAACACUGUUCUGUUUGGUGUUUUUAUUGUGAUGUUUUUACAUUCAAAUUAAUUAAAUUCAAUGAUGGAAUGCAUCUCUAAUAAAACGUUUUAUUAAUAUUAAGGCCAAGCUUGGUGUUUGGACGACACAACUGAAGAAUGGGAGGCUGGUACACUUUCCCAACCCGGAGAAGAUGGUACAAGGCCUGGAAGAUGACAAGGUUUUUCAGCCUGAAUGGUACUGUGCUCAUCUGGAUAAACUGUCAACUGAGUUCAGUCGGCGUUUUGGUGAGUUAGAUGACAUGGGAGAGGUUUGCACUUUCGUGUCAAACCCGUUCGCACCUAUUGACAUAGAGCAGGUUGCAGCCAAAAUGCUGAAAGUGUUUAACUUGCCAAAUGACAGUGAAAUUGACAUGGAGAUAGUCGAGAUGCAAAAUGACAUUGAGCUGAGUGCCAGAGCAAGAGACAGUGACUUUUGGGGCCUGAUAAGCAGAGAGAGGUUUCCUCUCCUCAGUGGAUGUGCCCUGAGACUGAGUGCAUACUUUGGAUCCACCUAG